AUUUUUCAUUUUUCUCUCUCCCUCUUUCUCCGACGCUUUGAUUCCAGCUGCUGGCUCACUGCUCACUUUUUUCUCUUUCUCUUUCCUCUUCACACCUGUAUUUCUGACAGGGCCAGUUCUUUCUAAAAAUUUACAUAGAGGUCUCACCCAGUGACCUGAGGUCCUGAAAAAUGAGGUUAUUCCGCUGGUUGCGGAAAUCCAGAUUUGGCAUCGUAGCUCUGGUGGAAAAAAACAAACAUCCCCCCCACCAAAGCGGACAAAAUUUUUCCUCGCUUUGGAGAAGCCUCGGACGAGACAGAGAUCCUGCCAAUGUCCUGCCCAUCUCGUUAUCAGGACAAAAGUCAAUUAAUGAUUAAUCAGAACGCUGGGGUGAAGGCGCAUUCAGAAGGAGCAAGCUGACCCUAUGGCACAGACUCCGGACUCCUCUGCCCGAAGGCAAAUGCGGCAGUUUUGGAAGGAACACUCGAGGGGCUCCUCUUUGCAGGAGAUGAUGCUCGACUCGGGGGCGCAGCAGCUGUCUGAGGAAGACACGCCUGAGGUCCUCGCCCUCCUGCCUCCCCUGGAAGGACGGGAUGUUCUCGAACUGGGAGCCGGCAUAGGGCGGUUCACCGGACAUCUGGCGGAGACGGCUCGCCAUGUCACGGCGGUGGAUUUCACGGAAAGCUUCCUGAAUCGGAACCAGCUGGAAAACGGGCAUCGGCCAAACGUGGCGUUUCAACAGGCCGACGUUACCAGCCUGGUCAUGCCAAGCCAGAGGUGAAAAAUAAUUCAAUUU